GUGUGAUGUUGGGCCAGGUGCGGCGACGAUGGGUCAUGGCGGUACAUGCUCGAGCCUUGAGUGCAUGGACUCUGCGACCCCUCAAGCUACAGGUGGCUUCGCCGACACCAUCGGACAGUGACAUUGCCAGCGCCCAAAAGCCCAAACGUGUGGAGGACUUGGCGGCAGAAGUUGGCAUCAAUGCUCAGGACGAACUGAAGCUGUAUGGUCCUUACAAAGCCAAAGUGUCCUUGAACAUCUUGAACCGGCUGGGCGAUCAACCCAAUGGCAAAUAUAUUGUCGUGGGAGGCAUGACUCCUACACCUCUCGGCGAAGGCAAGACAACCUGUGUGAUGGGGUUGGUGCAGGCAUUCGGGGCGCAUCUGAAUACGAAUGCAUUUGCAUGCGUGCGGCAGCCAUCCCAGGGCCCAAUCUUCGGACUCAAGGGUGGCGCCGCAGGCGGUGGCUAUUCCCAGGCGAUUCCGAUGGAUGAGUUCAACAUGCACUUGACGGGCGACAUUCAUGCCGUCUCUGCCGCAACCAACUUGCUUGCGGCGGCCAUCGACGCUCGCAUGUUUCACGAGAGCAACCUGUCGGACGAGACGUUGUUCCAGCGGCUUGUGGCUUCCAAAUCGUCGUCGAGCCCUCACUUCACCCCUGCCAUGCGUCGCCGUCUGGUCAAACUAGGACUCGACACGAAUUCGGCCACGCCUCGUCAUCCAAAUGACCUCACGCCAGGUGAACGGCGGAAAUUCGCUCGUCUCGAUAUUGACCCUGCCACGAUCACGGUCAAACGGGUGGUCGAUACGAACGAUCGGUUCCUUCGUCAAGUUACUGUGGGCCAAGGGGCGGCGGAAAAAGGACGCACUCGAUCGACGGGGUUUGACAUCUCGGUCGCGAGCGAGGUCAUGGCAAUCUUGGCCCUGUCGAAGGACCUUUCCGACUUGAAGGAACGCGUCGGGCGCAUGAUUUUUGGGUUCAGUCGUGCCGGAAAUGCUCUUACGGUGGAUGAUAUUGGAGCGACAGGUGCCUUGACGGCCUUGCUGCGCGAUGCCCUGGAGCCGACGCUCAUGCAAACGCUCGAGGGGACCCCAGUGUUUGUGCAUGCUGGUCCGUUUGCAAACAUUGCCCAUGGCAACUCGUCGAUAGUCGCGGAUCGAAUCGCGCUCAAGCUCGUGGGGUCCACGGGGAUCGUUGUGACCGAGGCCGGGUUUGGCGCAGACAUGGGCAUUGAGAAGUUCUGCAACAUCAAAUGCCGUGCCAGUGGACUCGAGCCCGAUUGCAUCGUGGUCGUCGCGACGGUUCGGGCGCUUAAAUUGCAUGGUGGGGCGACCAGCGUCAUCGCGGGCAAGCCUAUGCCUCCCGAGUAUACGACGGAACGCCUAGACAUGGUGGAAUCGGGAAGUGCGAAUUUGGCGCGGCAGGUCCAAAAUGCAGCAGCGUUUCGAGUGCCGGUGGUGGUCGCAAUCAGUCCUUUUCCCCAUGACACGAACGCAGAGUUGGAACUUGCUCGAAAGCUCGCGUUGGCGGCUGGGGCGACCGACGCGGUCAUCGCACCGUAUCAUGAAAAGGGCGGGGAUGGCGCUGUCGGCGCGGCUCUGGCGGUGCAAAGAGCUAUGGACCAGCACCAAGCAAGUCCCGAUCGACGACCGUUUGCUCCGUUGUAUACAUCCGACAUGACGGUCGUAGAAAAGGCCCAUGCCGUUGCCAAGACCAUGUAUGGUGCUUCUGGCGUGGAAUUUGAAGCGCGUGCCAAAGCCGACCUGGCUCGGAUCGACAGCCACGGAUUCGGCCACUUGCCCAUUUGCAUUGCCAAGACACAAUAUUCAUUGUCGCACAACCCGCUUGUACGAGGUGUUCCCGAUCCGUUCGUACUGCCCAUCACAAGCGCGCGGCUGAAUGCAGGCGCGGGAUUCAUCACGCUCUGUGCGGGAGACAUCUCGACCAUGCCGGGACUCCCCACCAGACCAAGCUUCAUGGACAUCGACGUUGACGACGCAACUGGCCGCAUCACCGGACUUUUUUAGCUCGGUAAACAUGGCUGGAUCUGGUUUUGUUCACGCUGGCUAGGUCACUUCACUCGAAUCUUCAUGCUCGAAACUCCAUCCAUCGUACAGAGUGUGCUCCAGCAUGCAUUCGAGUGUUGUCGCUGGGUGCACGAG